GUGAGCAUAUCAUGGUUCAACAAUGUUAAAGCUUCAGAAUCCACAAGCCUUUAGCAGCUGCCAAUCAUUUCUGGAUACUAGCGUGCUGCAUGAAGCCAUUGCUUGCAAGACUAAAUAUGUCCAUCAUUUGAUUAGCAGUCGUAGUUCUGCUUGCCUUGUGAUUUCUCCUAAAGGAAUCAGCAGUAGUUCUUUCUCUUGGAAUUGGCUGAGUCCACUAAAAACUUAUAAACUCUCUCAGCAUGCCGCUUCAUAUAGAUUGCUGUGCCGGUCACAAGAUGCCACUUCGCCUGAAAAUGAGUAUCGCUCCUCCCGAAAUAUAGCUAUCAGCCUGUUCAGGCGAUACAAGAAUUUUAUUGAGCGUGGAGGAGGUGACAACCUAAAAGAGUUCAUCAGUGCUGGUGUAAAUGCAUAUGCUUUGGGAUCUACUGAUGAAGGUUUGAGGAAAGAACUGAUUGCUCUGAAGGAAUCUGGUGCUGAAAUUGAAGCCAUGGAAACAUAUGGAGGAAGUACCACCCUGAAGUCCAAGAUUUCAUCUGAGGAGGUUGAUGAGUGUAUUAUGUGGUUGAGCAUUAUAUUCAUCACCAUUCUAUGUACACCUCAACCAACUAUCGUUCGAUGGUCAUCCACACCCCCAGUUUCUGAUGAAAUGAUAGUCCAUUGGAAAGGCUUCUGUGCAAUCAUAGCAAAUGCAUACUUUGUCAGAGGAAUGGCAUGGCUUCCAGUGAAGACUCUCCAACUAGAGCAAAUGGCAGUUGUGGGUCAUGCUGAAGAGCCAUCAGUUGUUGCUAGUCGGAUGAGACUAGUUUUUACCACUCUAGAGGUUGUGAGUCCACAAUGGCCUAGAGGAUAAAGCAGUAGAUCCAGAAUUCAGACUUCACCAAUUUGAAACAUAGUUCAGCAAGAUAUAUAUGUACAUUUCUUUCCUUUGUCCAUGCACUGUUAACAUGAAUAUUCUGUUAUAUUAAUGUUUAUUUGACAUGCAAAUAAUUCAUAGGCUGCUCACUGUCAA